CUCCCUCCCAUCCCAUCAUCCACUUCUUCCACAUCCACACCCACACCACCCACACAACCACACACCCACACCCGCUGCUUGUACUUCUAACGUAACUCCACUACUAUUUACUACUGCAAAUCGCUCUAACUGGUACUUCACUUUACUCAAGCUCUACUCUCCUCGACACUACUCGACUACUCUACUUCGGCCAUGCCUUAUCCUAGCCUACUCUACUAGCCAGCAAACAUCCACGCUUCUACUUCACAUAUUCGUCUCGACCCUACCCGACACCUUCCUUACCUCCUACCUCCUACCUACUACUACUAACUACCCUUACUACCCUCUACUCUACUACCCUACUACCAUCGUCUACGCUACGUCCAUCACUCACUCCUCCUCCUCCUCCUCAACCCACUCUUCAACAACCUCAUCACCCAUCACCCCCAAACCGUCGCGCUUUUGCUUCCCAUGCAAGGGCAGCUUCCCCUAAAGCCAUGACCAAAGAGGAGCUCAACUCUGACAGGAUCAACUAUCUCGUCUGGAGGUAUCUGCAAGAGUCAAACUAUCGCGAGACUGCUGUCAAGUUACAGUCGGAGUGGGACGUGAGCGAUCCGCAGUCUCUUGACUUUGCGCCCCAUGUCAACAACCAUGCGCUAGUGGCUGUUUUGCAGCGCGGCCUUCUGUAUCACGAAGCAGAGCGCCUAUCCGCCCAGUCGCGUCGUGGCGCCGUCGCUGCUCCGCCUGCGACAGGAUUCUUCGGCCCUGUCGCCCCGUUGUCACCGCCACUGGCGUCCAGUGACGAGAUCGCAAACGCGCGCAAGCGCUCUACGGAGGAGAGGUCUCAACAGGCAAGGCAAGAAUCACCGGCAAAGCGUACUAAACUCAGCAAUGGCUACGAAAAUGGCAUUGACUCUACUACUACGCCUAUGGAUCUCGACGAGUCGGCGGCUCCUCCAGCCGCGAUCAGCAAUGGUCACGCGUAUCCCUCACCCCGAGAAGUCGAGGUGGAGCGGGUACCGACGCCGGCGCCAGUCACCAGCGGGCCCGAGAAGGGCACGCAGAUAGAAAAGGUCGCCGAACUCAGCGCCGAAACGACGUAUCUCACGCUGGCGCAGACGUCGACGACAAACCACCCGAUUCUCCUGCACUGCGAGUGGAACCCACGAGAUCCCAAACGUCUGGCCACAGCGGGUAUGGAUACGCUAGCCCGCUUAUGGACGGUCCCCUCGCGUACGCCUUCCCCACAAAUUGACGGUCACGUGCCGCCUCCCGCUUUUGAGGACCUUGUCGACGAGAAUGAGCAUGGGGCAGCGAUCAGCUCGAUUUCAUGGGCAUCGGAUGGCGAGACACUGGCGGUUGCUAGCGAUUGUGAUGGGACUGGCAAGAUCAGCAUCUGGAGUAAAGGUGGUUCGCGGAUUGACCAGUUCAAUUCACUCGGCUACCCUCCGGUCAUCUGUCUCCGAUGGGGCGCAUCAGACCGGACCGUGCUGGCAUUGACUUCCACCGAUGGCAAGGGCGCGAGCAGCUGGGCUACUGUCUUUACUAUACCGAAGCAUGAAUCAGCGACUUUUGAUUUGGGGCCUAACUUCCAGCCGUUGGAUGCCGUGUGGACUGGCCCGUCUGAUUUCGUUGUGUGCAAUGGGGAGUCUCUUGCGAGCUUCAAUCUUUCUGAGGAGGGCAAAAUAACCCGCACCAAAACCUACGACAUUCGGAAGGAAGGAGGGCCGACAAGUCUCGCAUAUGACCCACACUGCAAUCUUCUCGCUGCUGCCAAUGACGAUGGUAUUAUUGAUAUAUUUGAUUCCACGGCUACUCGCGUAGGCAUGGCAACUCACAAUGGCGCCAUAACAUCCAUGAAGUGGCAGCCAAUUCCCAGCUCGUCGGACGACCAAUCCGAGCGUCUCCUCGCCAGCUCCAGCGAAGACGGCUCCAUCAACAUCUGGAACUCCCGCUCAGACUUCAAUAAGCCAGUCGAGACGAUGACUAUGGACGCUGCAGUCCUCGCGCUGGCAUUCACACCUGACGGCGCUUUCCUGGCGGCGACGACGAACUCUCAUAUUCUGAUCUGGAAUAUGGCGGAUCCUAGUUUCCCGAGGGCGCGCUGGGUUAGAGGCCAGGAGCCGGGUUGGCAGAGCCCGAAGAUGAAUGGGGCGGCGUUGGAGGAGUACCAUCAUUGCUUGUGCUGGGACGCGGAUGGGAAGAGAUUGGCGUAUGGGGUUAAUAGCAUGCUUGCUGUGAUCAAAUUUAUACCUGUAGUUACGGAUGUGGCUGUUAAUUGACCUUUGAGGGAGGUUACAGUCACUUAAUAUAUCCGGUAACGCCUAGUUUUCUUGGAGUUAGACCUCUUUACGGCUCAGCAUAUUGGUUCCAUUGGGGGAUGGUCAUAUCUAUCCCUGUACGCCUGUCGGCAAUUUUAUCCUUACUGUUCAGUACGCAUCACCAUGGGUUCGAGGGGGAGGGCGAGGGGCAUCGGGAUUGGGUCAUUAUCAGAUGCAAUACAUAACGGAGUACAGAGGGAAUGAAUACACAACAGAUUCGAAAAAAGGGGGUUGGGGGAUUUUGCCGCGGCCAAUGUAUUUCUAUUGAAUAGGCGCUGGGGACGGCGGCGGUGGGGGUUGGGUGGCGGUGAGCGAUUAUUCGAAAUACCCUUUUUGUACGAUGAAUCGUUCGGGGAUGGCGGAUGGGGCAAGGGUUGUACGCACACAUGUAUGGGUAGAAUUGGAAUGAGUUUUGGGAUUCUGGGGUGUAGUCUUGUGUUUGUUUUGGGCGGGGAAGGCGUGUUUGAGUUGCGAUAUACAUAUAGGGAUUUUCUAUGAGAAUAGAAGUUACAUACAUAAUAAUUUUGUCAAGAG